AUGAAUUCAUUGAAUAUCUUAACUAAUGAAUCAAUUGUUUUUCACUUUCCAACAAUAUUUGAAUAUAGCUAUGCUCAAACGCAUUCAAAUCGCUUGAGUCAAUGUGGACCAUCUUUUUCAAAGAAUAAGGUAUUUAUCAAUAAUGGUGAUACAUUUAAUGGAAAAUAUAUCAUAGAAUAUUUUAAAAAAACCACCAAUAUUAAUGAAUUAAUUGAUAAUUCUGUUAAUAUCCCCAAUACUAUGCUUUUAAAUAAGGUAAAAAACAACUUUUAUAAUACUGAAUUACACAAAGUUAAUGAAUCACAAGACUUGUUAUUAUUAACUGAAAUUAUCAAUACCAUGAGUAGUAUUGGACUUCUCACAAAAAAGCAGUAUCAUGAAUUUUUAGAUCAGCCUUCAGAUACUAUGAAAAUAAAUUAUUUAAGGAAUAAAUGUAUUCAACUUGGCAUGUUAUACAAACCUCAUUUAAUGCCAUUACAACAACCAACAAAACUCAAAAAAAAAAUUCAAGAUGAUGCAAAUUUAAAAAUAAUUACAAGUUUGUUUAAUGAACAAUUUAGUAAAAGUCAUGAACAUUUAAAAGAUUGUGAAGUGAUAAAAAAAAAUAAAAUUUUAACCAAGUUAAUGCAGUGUGGUGUUACUAUAUUUGACAUCACAAAUGAUUUAGAAAUAGAAUUAGAAGAAGCUAGAUUUUCUUUUAAUUAUGUAUACAAUGAAUUAAUUAAUUAUAGUGAUGAAGAAAUAAUUAGAUCCAAGGAAAAGGGAAUUUGUAGAAAGUUCAUAUUAAUAUCAACUGCAAUGACUUGGGUUAAAAAAACAUGCAAAAAUCACAUUUAUAGUGAGAAUGAAGAGGUAAAUACUAGUUUUACGGAAAAGGGUGUUUUGGAGCGAUUGCCAAUAGCUAAAUAUCAAAUCAUUUUUGAAUUUGAGAAAUUACUUUUAAAAUCUAAUUCUUCAAAAAUCAAAGAUAUUUUUCAAACAUAUGUAUUUGGUACUGGUAUUAUUUAUGGUCAUGAAGAAAAUGCUUUACGUUAUGUUUUUACCAGUGCUUGGCACAAUCCUGAAGAAAUGUAUAUUGCCAUGUUGAAUCGAACAGUGCCUGUGUUUCAUAUAGAUGAAUUAGCCAAAUUAGUUUUUAUUGUUUCAAAAAAUGAUUGUGUUAAGAAUAACUAUAUACUAGCAGUAGAACAAGAAUCAUAUGGUUUUAAUAACAUUAUAAAAUCCAUGUGCGAUGAACUUUGUAGUUCACACUUGGUUUUAAAGGAAGACAGUUUAAUCACUAACCAAUAUAAAUUUAACAGUUUUACAUGGGAUUUAAUAUGUAGCGACUUAAAUAUAGACUCUAUGUUAGAUAUUAUUGUACCCGAUUAUCAGAUACUUCAAGCAUCAAUAAUAUCAAAUAUGAAAAAAUUGACACUUGAUUUUGUUGAAGCAAAUAAUUUAUACUCUCUAAAAAUUAUAGUUAGUGGGCAACCAACAAAUAUGUCAUCCAAUAUUGCCAAGCGUCUAGCUAAAUAUUAUAAAGUACAAUUAAUUGACAUUCCUAGCUUAAUAAAAAAUUGUUUCACAUCAUUGAAAAAUGAUCGAAUUGAAUUAGAAUUAAAAAUGAAUGACUUAUACAUAAAACGUACCAAUAUCAAACAUGCAUUAGCUAAAUUAACUGCUCAAUUUGAUGAAUGGUUAGAACAGAUUAAUGAACAAUUGAAUGUAGAUAAUUAUUCUUCUAAUGAACAAAAUAAUAAUGAAAUGAUAGAUGAUACUAAACAAAACCUUGAAAUUAUAAACAAUAAUACACACAUUUCAGAAAAUGAAAUUUUAACAGACCCGUCAGAAAAUAGUUUAAAUCUCAAUAAUUUAAGAUAUGAUAAUUAUUUUAAAGAGCACGACAAUUAUAAAUUAUUCACAAAAAAUAAAGUAGAUCUACUUGAAAAGGAUACUGAAAUUAAUAAUAUUAAAUUUAUGAUAGAAAAUUUGAAUGCAAAAUAUGAGGAAUAUGAAAAUAAUUUCAAGAAAAACAAAGGUCGGUUAGACGACUAUUACUUAUUGCCAUUAAUUAAAGAAUCACUCUCUUCGUUCUCUUGUCGUAAUCAAGGAUAUGUACUCGACUUUUUCCCUUUAUAUGUGGAGCAAAUAGAAUUUAUAUUUAAUAAUGAUAUUAGCUACCCAAAUACUAUUAUUUUGUUAUCAUAUAAUCAAAUAAUAACAGAUAUUCAAAAAUGUUGCGAAGACACUUGUUCGGCUAUUAAUGAAAAAAGUAAAAUAUGUUUAAAUUACAAGAAUUUAGAGCAAAACAUGGCAAUUAUUUCUGGUAGUUUUAAAUCUGAAAGCUCAGAUAUUUAUCAUGAAGAAGAAGUCUCUAUAACUGGAACAAACAUGCGUGAGAAAAAUAUAACGGAAAGUAUUUAUGUAAAUAACAAACAAAAAUAUGAACUGACAUCAAUAAAUUAUUUGGAACAUUAUUUUACAAAAAAAGGUGUUAUUGUACACAGAUUAAAUGUACCAUUAGAAUUGGCUGAUGAAACAAUAUCUUAUAAUUCACAAUACAAGUUUUAUACAGAUACUAUAAUAUCCCUGAUUGGCCGUAAUCCAUUUAAAGAUAUAAGAUAUGUGACUAUUACAAAUGAUAUUCAGAAAUCAAAAAAAACAAGAAAGUUACAAAGAAUAUCAAACAAGUUGAAUAUGAUGAAUGAACAGUGGAAACAAGAUAUUAACAAAACUUUAAAGCAGGAAAAGAAACAAGAAUAUAGGAAUUCAGUAAAGAUUCAUAAUUUUAUAAACAAAAAUAUUUUGCCAAAACUUUUAAAAGAAGUUUCCCCAGUUAAUAAUAGAGGUUCACAUUUCCCAGAAAAAACAUUGAAUAAAACCAAAUUAUGCAAUACACAACCGGAUGAAAAUAUUACUCAUAAGUCAUAG